AUGAAUUCGUGCGGUGGUUGCAAGCGAUUUAUCGGAAAUGAGCCAGCCGUUUACGCCAAUAGACAGCUUUAUCAUCCACCUCACCUGCAAUGCAAAGUGUGUAAUCAUCGUAUCGAGGCUGGCCAAACAUACGCAAUUAAUGAGGGAAUAAUUGAAUGUCGUCAAUGCCUUCUUGAGCGACAUGCACCCAAAUGUUAUGGUUGUAAUGGAGUGAUCGAGAGUCGCUUUGUAAAGGCAAUGCAUCGUCGUUGGCAUCCAAAUUGCUUCAAAUGUGUCGGAUGUGGAUGCACGAUUGAGAGCGAUUGGUUGAACGAGGCAUCAAUGGGAUCAAUGCAUCGUCUCUGCUAUUGGGCUUUCGUACGCGACACACAGAUUGUGCAAACGAGUGCCAUUAAA